AUAAAUGGAGACAAGAAGCCAGAGAGUGUACUGGAGCCUGCUCUCUUGUCAUUGAUUGAAUUGAUAUGUGAUCUGAAAGUGAUGGAAGAAGGGGUACUGCAACUGCAAUAUGACACCAAUAAGACUCCACUUGGGAAGCUUACAAGAGAACAAAUAUGUGCCGGCUACAAGGAGUUGUCACGUAUUGAUGAAUUACUUGCUAAUGGGAAACUGGGGAAAGAACUUGUACGUGCUUGCAGUGACUACUACACACGAAUUCCUCAUUAUUUUGGGAUGAGUGUGCCACCAGUAAUCCGUACACCAGGAAUGGUGAGAAAAGAAUUGGAACUUCUUGAGGCCCUUGGAGACAUUCAGCUGGCUCUGGACAUGUUCUCAUCGAUUCCGAAUGCCUCGCUUCAUCCAGCUGAUCAACGUUACAAAUCCCUGUGUUGCACCAUGAAGCACGUGGAUCCUUCACAGCAGGAUUACAAGAUAGUGGAGAAGUAUCUCCAGAGCACUCAUGCAGUUACACACAAUCAGUAUGAAAUGAUCCUAGAGGAUCUGUUUGAGUACGAGAAGGACGAGCAGACAGCCAAGUUCCAUGAUUCCUUCUCUGGCAUGGAUCGCGUCUCACAAAUUGGUCUGGGAUCCUUGGUCAAGGCCUUCGAAUUGCGCCUGCCGAAGCCCCCAGCACAGGAUUCAUGGGCAUGUGGUGCACAAGUCCCCAUGGGUCCUGGCAUUCCUUCUGCACUCGAAAACCUCGCACUCAAUUACAACGAAUAUGUGGUGUAUGAUCCAUGGCAGUUGAAGAUGAAAUACAUCCUGAGAGUGAGGUUCAACUUCAAGUGAACUGAUUGAAAUUCCAUGUCUCAAAUAAAUCCUUUCCAC